UCCUGGGCCUCCCAGGCUCUGGCCACUCUCCCCUCCUGACCUUUCUCCUCUCCAGCCUCAGGCACAGCCGCAGAGCCACCCGUGCGCCCUGCCUGGUCCUCAUGGCCUACCUGCGCCCCUCACAGCUCCAGAAGUUUCAGGAGGAUGGAUUUCUGGUGCUGGAAGGAUUCUGGUCUGCAGACGAGUGUGUGGCCAUGCAACGGAGGAUUGGCGAGAUAGUGGCUGAGAUGGAUGUCCCUCUCCACUGUCGCACGGAAUUUUCCACCCAGGAGGAGGAGCAGCUGAGAGCCCAGGGCAGCACAGACUAUUUCUUAAGCAGCGGCGACAAGAUUCGAUUCUUCUUUGAGAAAGGCGUCUUUGAUGAGAAAGGAAAUUUCCUGGUCCCUCCGGAGAAAUCCAUCAACAAAAUUGGCCAUGCUCUGCACGCCCAUGACCCUGUCUUCAGGUGUGUCACACACUCCCCCAAGGUGCAGGCUUUGGCCAGAAGUCUGGGCCUCCAGAUGCCCGUGGUGGUGCAGAGCAUGUAUAUCUUUAAGCAACCUCACUUGGGCGGCGAAGUCUCCCCUCACCAGGACGCCUCCUUCCUGUAUACGGAGCCCCUGGGCCGGGUGCUGGGCGUGUGGAUUGCUCUGGAAGACGCCAUGCUGGAGAAUGGCUGCCUCUGGUUCAUCCCUGGCUCCCACACAGGUGGAGUGUCGAGAAGGAUGGUCCGGGCCCCUGCUGGCUCGGCGCCUGGCACCAGCUUCCUUGGGACUGAGCCAGCCCGGGAUAACAGCCUCUUUGUGUCCACACCGGUGCGGAGAGGGGCCCUCAUCCUAAUCCAUGGAGAAGUGGUGCACAAAAGUGAGCAGAAUCUCUCCAACUGCUCACGCCAGGCCUAUACUUUCCACCUCAUGGAGGCUGCUGGCACCGUCUGGAGCCCAGAUAACUGGCCCUCUGAGGGCAGGGACGCCACCCCCUCUCGGGAGAAGCUGUGGGCCACCAACGCCAGCGCCUCACCCCACCGCCCAGCUGCAACGGGGAAUUCGCAUCUCUCCUCCAGGGCUUUCCUUCUGCUGGUGUCUGUGCAGACAGGCAGGCAGGAGCAGGAGGCUGGGCUGGGUGCCUUCCCUGAGAUCUGUCUCUGUCUGUCCCUACCCCAACACAACCUCCCCCAAGAGGCAGCCUCACAGCCAUGAAAGGGUUCUGGCUGCUUCUCUGCCGGCUUCUCACUCGUCUCCCCUCUCACAUGGAACUCUUGGUCAUUACGGUGGGAGACACUGAAUAAAAAAGACUUCCAAAUGCA